AUGUAUAGACUCCUCUUCGGGACACUAUUUCCCGCAUAUUCUUCUUAUAAGGCCGUCAAGAAUCGCGACGUUAGAGAAUAUUCUCGAUGGAUGAUGUAUUGGAUUGUUUUCGCCAUCUUCUCAUUCGUUGAAGUAUUCACUGAUAUAUUCGUCGGAUUUUGGCUUCCCUUCUAUUAUGAAAUGAAAAUACUAUUCAUUCUGUGGCUGAUGUCUCCCUAUGGAAACGGAUCCAAGAUUUUAUACCUUCAUCUCAUUCAUCCACAGCUCACAAGUCAUGAACAGACGCAAGCGGUUGUAUUGAAUCAAAUGCAACGAAACGCCAGUGCAGUCGACGGACCACCCGUUCAGACCAUUCAAACUCAACAACUCUUAAGUCAACCCAAUUUCUUACAACAGCUUCUAUUCAUGAGAUCUCCCAAACCUAAUGAAACUGAGUCUUCAAGCGUCACGCAAACCGUCCAAAGAUGUUCAUCAGAAAGUAUUACCACAUCUCCUAAUCCCAUAUCUCAGCGAUGGUUUUCAGAUAUGAAUAUUUCCGAAAUGAAUGAAGAAUUCAAACCAUUGCCGCACUCAUUGAGUUUACGGAUGCGCUCAGAAUCGGAAUCAAAUCUCGACGAUUGGGAACAAAUGGAUGUGAAUGAAGUGGACGCCAAACCACCUCAGCCUCCAUCCAAAGGCCGCAAGAAAACUAAGAAGGUUUCCGUCAGUCCUUCUGAUAAACCUGUGAGACGAACGGCCAGAGCAGCGGCUCUUAGAGCCAGAGCUAAAUGCAAAGACGAUAGUCUUCCGGAAGAGUAUUAAUACAAAUUGAUGAGUAUUGCCGUCAAAUGUACUUAAAAUAUAAAUUUCACGCCUUAAUUGUCUUAUUUUGGUAAAUCAUAUCUAUUGUAUACAAUCUGUAAAUAUCUGUGAUAUUCUCUACUAAUGAAUACUAUUUCCUGAUUGCCUACAAAUUGUAUAAAUUAUACACUUCUAGAUUUAUUGCAUUAAAUUUUUCAUUCAACUAGUUUUAUAUCAUAUUAUUAUACGC